UUUAAACCGAGUUUAAACUUCAAACUAACUUAACAUAUUUUUACAAUAAAGUUUUUUUUUAAAUAAUAUUGUAUGAAAAUGAAUACCAAAGAACCUUCUUUAGCCUUAGAAAAUGGCUUGGAUUUAGGCAAACUUUUUACAACGGGUUCUGUAUUUCAUAUAAAUGAAGAUUAUGAUGACACAGAAUAUAAUGCUGUAUUUGAUAACAAAGAAGACAAAAUAAUUCAUUAUAUUGGAGAGCCAGUGUCUUCAUUUGAAGUUUUUGAGAAACAAUUAAAACCAGUAGACGAAAAUGGGCUUGUCAAGAAGAAGGUUUUGGAAGAAGGUGGAGGAUUACCUUUAAAUAAAGGAUGUACAGUUUCUCUCAUUUUCUCAGGUUAUUGGGAAAAUGAGACUGAGCCUUUUGAUUACACAAAAUCACAUAAACCUCUGGUAGUAAAUCUGAAUGAAAAUGGCUUGCUACCGGGUAUACAAAUUGCCAUAGAAUCAAUGUUAGUUGGUGAGAUGGCUGUGUUUCACUUGUCUUAUAUAGUUAUGUAUGGACAAAUGGGUGUCCCACCUAGAAUUAAACCUAAAGCUGAUUGUAUUUUUUAUAUAAAACUUAUAAAAAGUAUCAACACACCUAAAGAAGGGAAACUAGAUUUAUCUGAGUCUAAUAUAUUCAAUAGAGUUCAUCAUGAAGUUAAAGUGCUAUAUAGUUUAGGUAUUACACUACAUAAAACAAAAAACUUUACUGAAGCCAUACACAUAUUUAGGAAAGCGAUAAAUAUGUUACACAGAUGUAGAUUGGCUAAUGAAAAAGAAGAGACCAUACAAGAAAAGCUAUUGAUCAAAUUGUAUAUCAACUUAUUGGUUUGCUAUAAUGAAACAAAACAACCUCUGAAGUCUUGUACAAUAUGUAAGGAACUUAAUAGGUUAAAUAGCUUAUGGAAUAAUGUAAAAGCCCUUUUUCAUAAUGCUAAGGCUUUGAGAAUGAUUGGUCAGUUUGAUGCAGCACAAAAAAGGUUAAACCGAGCUCUGUGGCUUUCUCCUGAGAAUGAGAAAUUAAUUGCAGAAUUAACAAUUCUCACUAAGACAAGAGCUUCAUGUACUCAAGCGAAACUUAUUGAAAAUAAAAUUCUUGAUUCAAAUAUAAUAAAUAAUGCGUUUAAAACAGAAGUAGACAAUCUAAUAAAGAAUUUUAAGGAAAAUGUUAAUAUAUGUAAAUUGACCCUGCCUGGUAAUUUAAAUGCAGCUGAAAUGGAUUAUAUUAAAGAAACCUGUAAGAAAGAAAAUUUGUUUUGUAAUCAAAUUCAGAAAGAUUAUUUAUUGGAUAAAGAGGAAGAAAAGAUUCCUACAGAAUCAAAUAUUGAUUUAUUCAUUUGAAGGUAAUCAAAAAAAAAAUUGUUAAAUAAACAUUUUUUAUACUAGAAGAAAAAUAAAUUUGGCUGUGUGAUAAUUGAUGAAUCAAGCGUAUAAAACUUUUAUGU